GGUUGCCGAGCGGGGGUCGCACGUCUCCGGCGGCCCGGCCGGCGGUUUCCGGAGAUUGCCGAGGGGCUUCGGCCCCUCCCGAGCCGCCGCCGAGCCCGUGACCGAGGCGCUCCGGUGGGUCGGAGCCGCCGCGCCCCCUGCUCUGGUCGCGGGGCUCCCCCCCCCUCACCCCCUCCCGCCUCCUCCUCCUCCUCCUCCGGCUGAGCCGGGCGACGCGGUGACAGAGCGGGGCGAUCGCGGCGGGGGGCGGCCGGGGCUCCGGCGGCGCGGAUGGCGGAGGGCGGCCAGCCCCCGCAGCAGCAGCAGCAGCAGCCACAGCCGCAGCUCCUGGCCGGCGGCGGCGGCGGGGCCGCCCGCGGCGUGAAGCGGGAGCCGGAGCUGGAGCAGCCCAUGCCCGGUGGAGACGGCGCCGAGGGCGGCCACAGCAAGCGGCUGAGGACGGAGGCGGAGGCCGAGGGCGGCGGCAUGCAGAACGAGCCUCUGACUUCAGGUUAUCAUGGAUACCCAGCAAGAGACAAUCAAGGUAACCAGGAGCCAGCAGCCACUCCUGAUGCAAUGGUGCAGCCAUUCACCACAAUCCCAUUUCCGCCACCCCCACAGAACGGGAUUCCCACAGAGUAUGGGGUGCCACACACUCAGGACUAUGCAGGCCAGACCAGCGAGCACAAUCUGACGCUCUACGGAAGCACGCAGCCGCAUGGGGAGCAGAGCACGAAUACGGCCAGCACACAGAACGGAUCUCUUGCACAGACAGAAGGAGGGGCACAGACAGAUGGACAGCAAUCACAGACACAGAGCAGCGAGAAUACUGAGAGCAAAUCCACUCCAAAACGACUUCAUGUGUCUAACAUUCCCUUCCGCUUUCGAGAUCCUGACCUUCGGCAGAUGUUUGGGCAAUUCGGCAAAAUCCUUGAUGUAGAGAUAAUCUUUAAUGAGCGUGGCUCGAAGGGAUUCGGGUUCGUAACUUUCGAGAAUAGUGCUGAUGCAGACAGGGCCAGGGAGAAAUUACACGGCACCGUGGUAGAGGGCCGUAAAAUCGAGGUUAACAAUGCCACAGCUCGAGUGAUGACCAAUAAGAAGAUGGUCACACCUUAUGCAAAUGGUUGGAAGUUGAGUCCUGUGGUUGGAGCGGUGUACGGCCCUGAGUUAUAUGCAGCAUCCAGCUUUCAAGCAGAUGUCUCGCUGGGCAAUGACGCCGCAGUGCCCCUGUCAGGAAGGGGGGGUAUUAACACUUACAUUCCUUUAAUCAUUCCAGGCUUCCCCUAUCCAACUGCAGCCACUACAGCAGCCGCAUUUCGGGGAGCCCAUCUGAGGGGCCGAGGAAGGACAGUGUAUGGGGCAGUCCGGGCAGUACCUCCCACAGCCAUCCCUGCCUACCCAGGAAUAGUCUUACAGGAACCAAUCAUUAGCGCUAAAAUACCUCAGGGUGGAUACGCAGCCUACAGAUACGCACAGCCUGCUACUGCAACAGCAGCCACGGCCGCUGCAGCCGCUGCAGCAGCUUACAGCGAUGGUUAUGGCAGGGUGUACACAGCAGAUCCUUACCAUGCCCUUGCCCCUGCCGCUAGCUACGGAGUUGGCGCUGUGGCGAGUUUAUACCGAGGUGGCUACAGCCGAUUUGCCCCCUACUGAAGUGAUGUGAACCCCCUGCAAGUGGGACAGCCCCCCCAGUUCAUGAGGCCUGGCUAUUGCAAUAUUUACUAGUAGAGGAACUCUAUAGCAAGACGAGGAGGAAAAACAAAAUACAAAAGAGAAAAUACUUUUUUAUACCUCACUAUGUUCUUUGAAUAUGUAUUUUUUUUCUUUAAAUUUCUGCCUUUAAUUCUUUUGUUCCAAAGAUUGUGCAUUUUUUGUUUUGUUUUGUUUUUGUUUUAGUUUUUGGGUUUUUUUUAACUGUGGUAAAAAUACUGCAUUUCCGUGUCUGUAUGUUGGUGCAUAGCUUAUCCUACCAAUCACGGAAAAGGCGAUUAGUGAUAAGGAAAGCUGUUAAAAAAUGAUAUCAUGCAAUUAAUCAGGAACACGCAGAGUUUCUUCCCUGGGUCUGGUGCUUGAUGCCUGUGAGACAGGAGGAUGUGAGGGAGAAGUCUCCACCUGCCACGUUUCUGGUCUGCAGAAGGAAGUCUUUGGCUGUGGCUGGGACCUAAAUGCUGGUGGGAAAUAGUCAUUUACAUUUGGAAAUAGGGGAAAUGCAGAACCUUUCCUCAUCUUUAUCACCAUCUGAUGGGCACAGGUUUGGGACAGUUUCAGCAGUGUCAGGAUUUUAGACUUGGCAAGAGACAGUUUCCUCAACCUGCCCAAAGACUUUGGCUGUUACCUGCCAUAUAGGGGACAAGACUUGGAAAGGAAUCUUUUGUGAGGAUGAUCUUUCCCACACACACACACUUACUCUAGCUGAUUGUUGUCCAUUGCUGGUGGCUGUAAUUAUGUUAGUUUUCCUCCUUUUCAAGAUCUUUCUCCCUUGCCGUCCUUUUCCUCCCCUUCUUUCCUUGAAGAGUGGCAGAUGCAAUGCAGCAUCACACAGAGCACCUCUGUUGCAGACAACAAGCAGUUAAACUUGCAGAGGUGAGGCAGGUGCAGCCUUGCAGAGGAAGAAAGCUGGUUGAAGAACCAGGAACAGUGCUCGGGUGAGGCCCAGCGUGCAACGUUUCUGCUCCUGUUCAUCCUGAGCUGCUUGGGUGCUUCUGCAAAUAAUCUGUUUCAUGUUAACAUGAGUGAGGAAAAACAAGUCGUGUAUAAGCUGCUGAGGCAUGGGGCAAGCAUGUGGGUCUGUGUGGGGGAAGAGAGUAUUUUACAUCUAAAUGUGAUCCUGAAGUGGUUUUGGUUCAGUCAGAAGUUUUAGAGGAGGCAGAAGCAGUUUGUGCAAGCUCUGAAUUCAUAGGAACUUCCCACCACAGGUUGUUCCAGGCCCUUAUGUAGUUGCAUUGGAGCUGGCUGGGUUUGUUUUGCCCAGCCUCUUAUAGAAGGCUGUGCUUCUGGUCUGCUGAGACCACAUAGACACUACAUACUAGAAUAUUUGGAAGCAGAGAGACUAUUUAGGGGAGGGCUCCGCUACUCCCAAGACCGUCUCUCUUCUGUUCUUACCUACAGUGACUUCACCGUGUUUCAAAGUUAGCGUUUGUAGGAGACUGCGUGAGCUGUGCUGUGAUGGGGAGUUGCUGCUUUCUAGACCUCUCUGCUCCACUACUGGCUCCUAGUGUACUCCCAGUAACCCCAAUACUCAAAGGUGGAGCUUCUAACCACAUGUUAGAGAAAUGCAGAAACACAGUUUUAUUAGGCUGCCUGCACUCCCUCAGUUGGUACUGGGGUGAGUUCACUGCUCCCAGAGGACUGCUUGGAGUGUGGGUUUGUUGGUGGAGCUUCUCUGCAGUUCCAGGUCAUAUACCUGCGCUUCGCCAUCCUCUGCUGAUAAUCAGAAUAGGAAACCUCCUACAUUUAACACUAAGCAAUGGCAACAAGCAGAGCUCCCCUGGGGUUUAUCCUGGCCCAGCCACACACAACCCUGCAUUUUUUUGCUCUUCCCCAGUACAUGUAGCCUUUCUGUGAACAGCAGGGAGGAAGCACCUCAAAUGGGGAGAAUGGGGAAGCCAUUAGUUAAGCUAGAGACCCUGCAGCUAUUGAUUCUCUGGAGGAAUAGCUAGAUAAAGGGGACACCAAACUGCCAGCCUGUUGGCCACCUUGUAUUUUUUUUCUGGUUUUAUUGUUGGUUUUUAACUUUUUUUCCAAGCCAAAGUUUGGUUUGUUGCUGUUAUGACAAUUUUUUUUUGUUGUUUGUAUAUAAAUAUUUUAGUUAGCUUGAAAAUGGGAAGGGGGGAACAGGGUGUUGGGGCUUUCACAAAAUCUAGGAAAUGAAGGGGACUCGGGGUGUUUGGGGGCUUUUACUGUCUGAGCUGGGGUAGGGGAGGGAGAACUUAUGGUAGAAAUAGUCAAAUUCAAGGGGAGCCAUUUCGACCACAGGGCAGCCAGGGGUCUUCUGGAGCUGAGAUGCAGCAAAAGCCUCUUCUGGACUUGUUGUACCCUCCUGUGGGGCAGAAAGGCUGAGUGAGGCCGUCCCUUCCCUUGCCCACAUGCAGUUCCUCAUACAGCAGAUCUGCAGGCUGCCAGUGAGAGGAGCGCAGCUUGCAGAGCCCGGCAGAGGCAGCUGCUCACCCCUCUGCCCCUUUUCUACAUUUCAGUUCAGCUGGUUCUGACUGCAGCUCCUGAAAAGCUGGGCUAUCCCUCCCCGAGUGCCCUCCCCCCUGCCCUGGCAGUGCCGCCUGCAAUCCCCCCCUGCCAUUUGGCCUCUCUGGGAGUAGGGAGGCCAGCCCCAUUCUGCCUCCGAGCAGAGUCUAUGCACGGCGGUUUCAGCCCGCCUGAGUGUGUUAGGAGUGUGAGGUGUUAAGUGCAGAAGCACCCAACCUUUGCAGGGCUGUGAGCUCCUGCUGUAUGACCUCCGAGUAAUGCCCGCUCCAGAACAUCCAGCCUGAUUCCUCCUGUAUCCAAGCCCGGCCUGCUCCAGUUGCUCCCUGCCAGGCUCCUCCAGUGCGUUAACCAACUGGUGUCUCCUUGACUCUGUAGUUAAUGCUGCAGAAUUCCCGCUGAAGUAGUUCCCUGAUAGCCUGGCUUCCUGCUCAGCGGUGAGCUGCAGAAGGGAUGCCGGGAUGUUUGCACGGCUGGGGGCCGGAGGUAGCUUGCUGGUUCCAGGUCUCUAGAGCACCAGACCUCCCAAAAUCUUGUAUGCCAGCUGGAAUUUUGCAGUGAGGUUUCUCGAGUGAAUGUUGUGCCAUGGCAGGAGAGCUCUUCAGCUUUUCUUCCCUCUUGGCAAACAACAGCUCUUGUUUCACUCGGAUGUGUUAUGAACUGGCUUGAGAUGCAUUCAGAGUAGCCAAGUCGUGGCUAUAUCUAUCUUCUGAAGAAGUGAGGACAAAGCCUAUAUCUCCCUAUGCAAAAUGAAUGACACUUAGUGAACUAAACUGGGCCAUAGCUUAUUUGACCAAUGGCAGCUAGUGCUUGUCUCCGAGAUGGGUCUGCAGUCACAGGUCCCUUGCAGAGCAGGGCUUGGCUUUCCAAGGGAAACUGCACAGGCAGCCUGGCAAACAGCUUACUGUUUGUCACCUAGUCUCUUAGGCAUCCAGGAUUCCUCUUGAUGUAGAGGAAAAUAUGUUUCUUUAAGUGUUGCUGUUUGUACCAUCUUGCAGUAGAUCUGGCCAGCACGUGCUAUUAUAGCGAUAAAGUUUUGGAUUGAAGAGUUGAUUUAUUUAGUAUGCUGGCCUGUCUUUCCUUGUGGAUACAGUUGUGCUGGUACAAAGAUGACUUCUACUGGUAUAGCAUAUUCUCUAUGGAGAAUAAGUUAUAUUGAUGCCCAGCAUGUCAACAAACUGUUGUCCCCACACGAGGGAGGCUGCACUGUUGUAGGCGGGUUCGCUUUUCUAAGAAAAGCCAUGAUGGGACCUGGAGACAAUGGGGAGAUCAGUAUGAAACUGCCAUAGCCAGCUAUUCCCAGAUUAAGCAGUUAAGUGGAUCCUGUGUCAUGAGUUCAGAUGGACAGAGCCAUGUUUUAAAUUAGCUGUGGCUUUGCUGUUUCAGUGCCCGAGAGAGAGCGCUGGCUCAGGAGUCAGUGACCUGUGUUUUGGUCAGGGCUCUGUCAGUGGUCCUCAAAGGUCCUUGUGGAGCAGUUGUGUCGCUGCUCUAGACUUCGCUUCCCCAUCCCUAAAGUGAAGUGAAAGUUUAUCCCCUGUUCUUGCCCAUUUUGAAAUCUGUGGAUGUGAAGUGCACAGCAAGCGCUGAGGAGGGUGAUCUGAAUAGCUGGCUCGACUGUGAGUUGUGAAAUGGUUAAUGAAACCAUUUCCUUGUCUGAAAAGAGGCACUGGCUCUGCUGGGGUCUCAAUUCCAGCACCCAGAGCUUCUGCAGCAGGGAAUACAAAGCAGAGCCUCGAAGUUUCUACCCACCUUUUCCCCCAACCUGUCCCUGUUUGUAGCUUCCCAUCCUGGCCCCAGAGGAGGAGGCAAGUGGAGAACAGGUUUGGGGAGCACUUAGGAAUUCAAUAAAGGGAAAAACCAAACAGCUCUGGGGAGCGCUUUUGCUGAGUCUGGCUCCAAAGGGAAAGCACGUGGGCAACGUGGCAGAUGGCCACCUGCCCAUGGGCCUCCAGCCUGGCAGGGUCGGGGGAAUGCUGUCCUUGGUGCAGAGGGGUGAUUUUUAAAGUGUGUUACCUGUUUGCACUGUUUUAAAAUAGGAGGGGGGGGUGAAAAACUCAACCUAGUGAACAAGAUGAACAUCCAAUGUAAACUUCUUUGUGUUUUUAUUUUGUCAUGCUCUUGGAAAAUGUCAAAUAUUUUGUAGUAUACACCAGUGAGACUUGAUUCUUUGUUGCAUAAAACACUAUUUUCGGUGAUGUUAAUGUCUGAAAAGCCCUGUCCCUCCACCCCCACCUUACUGAUUGCCCUCUCUGCCCUACAACCCCGGUAAACUUCUCUUCUACAAUGAAAACUCCAGUCAACAAGGCAAGCAGGAGUCUAUAGCCAGAGUGUGAAAUGGGGCCCUUUUCAAGUAGGCUCUGGGGUUUCUCUCCGGUGCACUUUCCUCUAGCCAGGAGUUGGCAGGAUGGCCCUGUCCCUCUGCAGCACAUGUUUCAAUGGCAUCCUAAGUGGGACUUGGACAUCCCAAGUCCCACCUCCGUUGCCACUGCUAGCCCUGGAAGGCAACUUUUUGCUGGUGUUUGUCUUCUCUGGGUGGCAGGCUGCAGCUGGUCCAGGCUUGUGCAGGAGACAAGCUUCCCAUGCUGCCUCUCGACUUGUGGUAGAGUGAGAACGCAUCAGCCAAAAAUCUUGCCUAAUUUCACCAGAAGAUUGCUGGUGUCUAAAGCCGUCCACCCAAAGAUUCAUUUGGCUGGCAGUCAGCAAAAUGCCAGUUCAUCUUAGGAAUGGGUUUUUUAGUCCUUUUUUUUAUUAUUUUACUGGGUUUUUUUCCCCCUGAAGUGAGUCAAUAAAUCUCUUUCCAGUUUCCCAGUUCUCUGCUGGUGGAGGGGCUUGUAGCUUGCCUGAGGAGUGAAUUCUGUACAGAAAUCAGGCCUCCCACAUUAGUAGACUCAGUUCUGGUCAUUAUUUUCUAUUUUUUUUUUGUUCACAAUAUUUUGUGUGUGCGCGUGUUGUAGUUUUGGCAGCUUGAUUUGGCUGCGUUAUCAAGUGACGAAAUAAUCCCUCUUUUACCCCAGGGGAUAUAAUUUGGUUUUGGGUUGUUUUUUUUGUUUUGGUUUGUUUUUCUUUUUGUUUUGGUGGUGUUUUUUCCCCCCCCACCCCCCCGUUUUUUUUUUAUUCUUUUCAAUAUGAUAAAUCCUGCUUGUAAAUAGCUGGAGCUACAACGUGGGGCUGAUAGCAAAUGAGAACCAGGGCUGUAGAGCGAUACGGAGCUGGUGGAGUAUUUUACUGACCUCACAGGCUGAUCUACUUGAGACUUGGAGAUUUUCAGUGCAAGGCUGAGAUGCCACAGCACCUCCAAUGGCAGCGAUGGACUUGCCCCUUCACAUGGUCUCCCCAGCACCUCCCAUUGCCAGGUACCGCCGGGGAACAGGACCAUGUCCCUAGUGGGAUGUGUUCCCUUCCCCUGGAUCAUUUCCUAGGACGCCCAAGCCGCUUGCCCAGGGUCCCAUUUCCCUGCUGACUCUGGAGAAGCAGUAUCUGCAUCCCAGGGCUUUGUGACAGCCUCUAACUUCCCACCCUCCCUCGUUAAGUAUCAUAUUGUAUAGUAGCUUUCAGACCAUACAGUAUUCAUUGGGUUAUUCCUAUUAUUAUCAAGUAGCUGGAAUUGUGAAGGUCGGAGUAGUUAGAUCUUUAGCUUUUAUUCCUUUUUUUUUUUGUAUUACUAUCCAUGUGUAUAAAUUAUUGAUCAUGUUGCUGGCUUUUAUAAACUCUAAGCAAGGGGGGAAACCCUUCCUAACCCUUUGCAAAUGGUAAUGAAGCACUGUUUUUAAAUAAAAGAGAGAAACACCA